AGUACUGUUGAAGUUGGAGCCCAUACCUUCAAAAACAGCUCUUUUCUAAAUUUCUUUUUGAGGUUCUCUCUGAGUCUGGCCCUUCCUUCCGUAGUGCCCUUCCAUUUCAGUCACAGAAGUAUCUAGAGCCGAUAGAAGAUGGAGAAAAUGAAUUCAUCCGGGUUGGCAAGGACAAAAUCGGAUCAAUCAGUGGUGGAGACAGUACUGGCGGCGGCAUUUAAGUCACCAACAUCAAGUGAAGCGGUGGGAGCGUCGGUGGAGAGUGGCGGGGCCCUGUCGAGGAAGUCUAGUAGGCGGAUGAUGGCUGUAUCACCAGGGCGCAGUGGUAGCAGCAGCAGAAACGCACACAUUAGGAAGUCUAGGAGUGCCCAAAUGAAGCUAGACUUUGAUGAAGUGAGCAGCGGUGCAGCUCUCAGCCGAGCCUCCAGUGCCAGCUUGGGCUUCUCAUUCUCCUUCACCGGAUUCACUGUGCCUCCUGAUGAAAUAGCCGACUCCAAGCCGUUUAGCGACGAUGAUAUUCCUGAGGAUCUUGAGGCUGGCACACGCAGGCCGAGGCUUCAAACAGAACCAACAUUGCCAAUCUAUCUCAAGUUCACAGAGGUGACUUACAAGGUAACUCUCAAAGGAAUGAGAACAACAGAGGAGAAGGAAAUCCUAAAUGGGAUUUCCGGUUCAGUGAAUCCUGGGGAGGUUUUGGCAUUAAUGGGACCUUCAGGAAGUGGAAAGACGACACUCCUAAAUCUUCUCGGCGGCAGGUUGAUUCAGCCCACCGUUGGUGGUUUAGUCACUUACAAUGACCAGCCUUAUUCCAAGUUCCUGAAAAGCAGGAUAGGGUUUGUAACACAAGACGACGUUCUGUUUGCUCACCUUACAGUGAAGGAAACACUGACAUAUGCAGCCCUCCUACGACUCCCAAAGACAUUGACAAGAGAGCAAAAGGAAAAACGAGCAAUAGAUGUUAUCUAUGAACUAGGCUUGGAGAGGUGCCAAGACACUAUGAUUGGAGGCUCCUUUGUCCGUGGAGUGUCAGGUGGUGAAAGGAAAAGAGUUAGUAUUGGGAAUGAGAUUAUUAUCAACCCGUCCCUUCUGUUUCUUGAUGAACCAACCUCCGGUCUGGAUUCUACCACUGCUUUAAGGACUGUCCAGAUGUUACACGACAUUGCAGAGGCCGGUAAAACAGUGUUAACAACGAUUCACCAGCCGUCAAGCAGACUCUUCCACAAAUUUGACAAGUUAAUCCUUCUUGGGAAAGGGAGCUUGCUCUACUUCGGAAAAGCAUCGGAAGCAAUGGUGUAUUUCUCAUCCAUAGGAUGUUCUCCCUUGAUCGCCAUGAAUCCAGCAGAGUUCUUGCUAGACCUUGCAAAUGGAAACCUUCAUGAUGUAUCCGUACCAUCAGAACUAGAGGACAAAGUGCAGAUGGGGAAUUCAGACGCUGAAAUACAGAACGGGAAACCAUCUCCUGCUGUUGUGCAUGAGUAUCUGGUGGAGGCCUACGAGACACGAGUAGCAGAAAAUGAAAAGAAGAAACUUCUGAUUCCUAUACCGCUUGACGAAGAUGUCAAAUUGAAGGUUUCUUAUCCAAAGCGACAAUGGGGGGCAAGCUGGUGGGAACAAUAUUCCAUAUUGUUCUGGAGAGGAAUCAAAGAACGGCGGCAUGAGUAUUUUAGCUGGUUGAGAAUCACUCAAGUUCUCUCUACUGCAUUUAUCUUGGGAUUACUGUGGUGGCAGUCUGAUAGUAACAGCCCCAAAGGCGUGCAAGAACAGGCAGGACUGCUUUUCUUCAUCGGUGUCUUCUGGGGAUUCUUUCCCGUCUUCACAGCGAUCUUCACAUUCCCUCAAGAAAGAGCCAUGUUGAGUAAAGAAAGAGCGGCUGACAUGUACAGACUAAGUGCAUAUUUUGUGGCUAGAACUACAAGCGACCUUCCACUUGACCUGGUACUACCAGUAUUAUUCCUUCUUGUUGUCUAUUUCAUGGCAGGCUUGAGACUCAGCGCUGGUCCCUUUUUCCUAAGCCUGCUUACAGUCUUCCUAUGCAUUGUGGCAGCUCAGGGAUUAGGACUAGCUAUAGGGGCUACAUUGAUGGACUUAAAGAGGGCAACCACCCUGGCUUCCGUAACUGUGAUGACCUUCAUGCUAGCUGGUGGGUUCUUUGUGCAGAAAGUUCCAAUAUUCAUUUCUUGGAUCCGCUAUCUGUCUUUCAACUACCACACGUUCAAGCUGCUUCUCAAGGUGCAGUAUGAACACAUCACGCCCACCAUAAAUGGGAUGAGAAUAGACAAUGGUAUUACAGAGGUCAGUGCCCUGGUAGCCAUGGUUUUUGGUUACCGUCUACUGGCAUACCUUUCUUUGCGGAGGAUGAAACUCCAAUCUGGAGCUUAAAAAAUUGAGCAUCGAUCUGGACAGCUUCUUGCAAAGACUGGAGUGUCAAUGUGAGUUGAAAUGCUAGCGAGAUUGAUCGAUGUGAAGACUCAUCUCCUAUAGAUGACAUUAAAGAGAUGCUACACGUUCCCAUAGGCGUGCAAGUCAAUUUCAUUUCUUUGCAUUGUCCCCAAAGAUGUCCUAAGAAAUUCUCAAGCUCAUGUUAACACGCCGUCUUAAUUUUGAAGCAAUAGUUUUGUGUUAAUUCUAAUUGACUACAACUUAUGUGCAAACACUAGAUUUGUAUAACCAUAACUACUAUUUAUCAA